AUGGAAAAGGCAGUGCCUGAGCUGAGAGCUCCUUUUGCCCUUAGGGAUAGUGAUGUGGUAGCCGGACUUCAUUUCUAAAGAGACUGCAGCAAGCCAACUAGGACUCGAGGCCGCUGGCUUUAAAGCUAAACCAAUUGUCCACUUCAGGAAGCAACGAUGAGGAGCUCAGCAGGCUUCUUCCUUUGCUCCCUGCUGCUGCUGCUGGCCACCCAUUGCACGCAGGCUGCUGACCCGGAGGUCCAGCCCGACCCCAAAACACCAUGUGCCAACUGGAUGGGAGGAGCUCCUGGCCACCCUGGCCACAAUGGGGCCCCUGGACGGGACGGGAAGGAUGGAAGAGAUGGACUAAAGGGAGAGAAAGGAGAAGAAGGUAUGCAAGGUCCCAAGGGUGACCAAGGCGAAAUAGGAAUCCCAGGGCGUGAAGGGCCAAGAGGAUUUCCUGGACAGCCAGGGCAGAAGGGGGAGAAGGGUGAGGGCUCCUUUGUCCACCGCUCUGCCUUCAGCGUGGGGCUGACGGAGCGAGCUCCCCCCUCCAACGUGCCCAUCCGCUUCAGCAAGAUCUUCUACAACGAGCAGGGCCACUACGACGCCAGCACCGGCAAGUUUGUCUGCAGCAUCUCUGGCACAUACUACUUCGCCUACCACCUGACAGUCUACCUGUCCGACGUCAAAGUCAGCCUCUACAAGAAGGACAAGGCAGUGAUCUUCACCUAUGACCAGUUCCAAAAGAACAACGUUGACCAAGCUAGUGGCUCUGUCUUGCUGCACCUCAACUCAGGGGAUGAGGUCUGGCUCCAGGUGUACGGGGAUGGAGAGAACAAUGGUGUCUAUGCUGACAACAUCAAUGAUUCCACCUUCAUGGGCUUCCUCCUGUACCCAGACCUGGAUGUCCACUAAAGCAGAGGGUACAAGAUGGGAAAGGAUGCGGUGGCUUACCCCUGGCCAUCGCCCCGGGGCACCGGCGCUAUAGCUACACUGCACUUGCUGGAAAGCUGCUUUUGGCAGGGGCAACAAUGGCCAAGGUGGAUUUGAUCUCCUGUGGAACCAGUCAGGUUAUACUCCAGUGACUUCCACAGCACCAAGAGUUCACUGCUACGUCUGCUCUUGCUUCCCCUGUGGAAACUCGAGCUCGAAGUCAAACGCCACCCCUAGCACAUCAUGAAAGAGCAACACACAAGGUGGCCUAAUUUUUAAACAUUUAAAAGUGGUAAGAGAAAAAUUGGUUACAUUUAAAUGCCACAUUCUGCAUUUCCAUGUUUUAACCACCCGAAUUAAUUUGGUUUUAGCCAGCAUUUUAAAAUCUGGGGAAAGGGAGAGGACUGCUCACAAAAGCCAUCUCUUCCUUUGUUUGCAGCUGGAACAGAUUCUUACCAUUUCACCACUCCUUUUAACACCUCAUCCAUUUUCUUACCAGUGUAGCUCCCUGUUGUGUUAAGGCCUUUGACUUCCACCUGUGGUUUGUUGUCUCCCUUCUUUAGCCCAGACCUUUGAAUAUAUUCAGAUUAUUAACUUUCAUUGAUUUUAAUCCUUUGAUUUUCCUUUUCUGUUUAUGCCCUAUAGCUAUCUCUAAUGUAGGCAGCAUGCUCAUUUAGAGCAGGGAUCUUCUCCUCUGAUUUAUCUGGAAAGCCUGAUAAACAUCCCUGAGGCCACACAACAAAAGUGGCCUACUAACCGUGUGGCUCUGGGAGUCCCAAGGUGAUCACAGACGUGCUGGGCACAUGGUUGUGAUGCUCACAAAUUCCAGCAGCUCCCCUGCAAACACUGUGCCUUAUCAGGGAGCAGAGGGUUCCUCAAGGCUCCUGCACAGAGGGGACGUCGUGGCGGAGCUGUCCCUUCCCAGAUCACUCAUCUGGCUCUGGAGGUAAUGGCACAAAUACUUACUCAGCCCAGAGGCUGCCAGAAUGGGGCACACAAGCAGCGUCUUACAGUUUCCAUCUGCAAGUCGCCAAGAUCCUGUUCCUCCUCCUCUCUGAAUAGCUCCCAUGUGCAGUCAGAAAUUGAGAUCAAGUAACUGUUUCUACUUUUCUACACCGUAAGUAUGCCACAAGCAAUAGUGUGCAUGCCAGCUUGGCAAAGCUUCAGGUGGUGGUGCAACCUCUCAUGUUGAUUUGGCUCCUGAGAUGAACACCUCCAGGAUCUGUCUCAGCUCUUGGCAAGGUUACCUUAAUGAGGGAAGAGUAUUAAGGCUGGGAUUAGAAGCAAUCCCAUCAAACUGCUCUCCAAAGAGCUUGCUUGACUUUUAGCUCCAAGAAGAUUUGAUGGUUUCUCAGAUACAUUCACAGAAGACUCCCAUUCAGCUUCAGGACAAGCGAACACGAAUCAGUGUUACAAGCACAGAACAGCAUUAAGGGCUUCAACUGCAACCACUUCCAGCAGUAGCAUUUUCUGCACUCCAGUGAGUUACCACAUUGCAAAUAAUAACAACAAUAAAAGCCUUGCUCCAUGAGAA